AGCUGCGGAACGUGGGCUCGCGCCCCGCCUUUGUCUCCCGGGCGCGAGCCGCCGCAGCCCCGCGCCCGCCGUGAGCCGCCGGAGCCGCUUUGUGCCGCGGCGCGGGGCGCGGAGCCGGCGGGCGCAGCCUCAGCAUGGACGUGACCGUUUCGGAGCUCAUGGAGCUCUUCCUGCAGAGCCCGCUGGUGACCUGGGUGAAAACUUUUGGCCCUUUCGGAAGCGGCAGCCAGGACAACCUGACAAUGUACAUGGAUUUAGCGGACGGCAUCUUUUUGAACCAAAUCAUGUUACAAAUAGAUCCCAGGCCAACAAAUCAACGCAUCAACAAGCAUGUCAACAACGACGUGAACCUUCGCAUUCAGAACUUGACCAUCUUGGUGAGAAACAUUAAGACCUACUACCAGGAAGUUCUCCAGCAGCUGAUCGUAAUGAAUUUGCCCAAUGUUUUGAUGAUUGGCAGAGACCCGCUGUCUGGGAAGAGUAUGGAGGAGAUCAAGAAGGUGCUGCUGCUGGUGCUGGGCUGCGCCGUCCAGUGUGAGAGGAAAGAGGAAUUUAUUGAAAGAAUCAAACAGCUGGACAUUGAGACCCAAGCCGGCAUCGUGGCCCAUAUCCAGGAGGUGACCCACAACCAGGAGAACGUGUUUGACCUGCAGUGGCUGGAGCUCCCGGACGUGGCCCCGGAGGAGCUGGAGGCCCUCUCCAGGAACAUGGUGUUUCACCUGCGGAGACUCAUCGACGAGCGAGACGAGUGCACGGAGCUGAUCGUGGACCUCACUCAGGAGCGGGACUACCUCCAGGCCCAGCACCCACCCAGCCCCGUCAAGUCGUCCAGCUCCGAGUCCACCCCCAGCCCGACCAGCAGCCUCUCCAGCGAAGACAAGCAGCACCUGGCCGUGGAGCUGGCGGACACCAAGGCCAGGCUGCGCCGCGUCAGGCAGGAGCUGGAGGAGAAGACAGAGCAGCUUGUGGACACCAGGCAUGAGGUGGAUCAGCUGGUUCUGGAGCUGCAGAAAGUCAAGCAGGAGAACAUCCAGCUGGCGGCUGACGCCCGGUCUGCCCGUGCCUAUCGCGACGAGCUGGAUUCCCUGAGGGAGAAGGCGAACCGCGUGGAGAGGCUGGAGAUGGAGCUGGUGCGCUGCAAGGAGAAGCUGCACGAUGUUGACUUUUACAAGGCCCGCAUGGAGGAGCUGCGAGAAGAUAAUAUCAUUUUAAUUGAGACCAAGGCCAUGCUGGAGGAACAGUUGACGGCUGCUCGGGCCCGGGGCGAUAAAGUUCACGAGCUGGAGAAGGAGAACCUGCAGCUGAAAUCCAAGCUUCACGACCUGGAAUUGGACCGGGACACAGAUAAGAAGCGAAUUGAGGAGCUGCUGGAAGAAAACAUGGUCCUCGAGAUCGCACAGAAGCAGAGCAUGAACGAGUCCGCCCACCUCGGCUGGGAGCUGGAGCAGCUGUCCAAGAAUGCAGAGCUGUCAGACGCCUCCAGGAAGUCGUUUGUGUUUGAGCUGAAUGAAUGCGCCUCCAGCCGCAUCCUGAAGCUGGAGAAGGAGAACCAGAGCCUCCAGAGCACCAUCCAGGGGCUGCGGGACGCGUCCCUGGCGCUGGAGGAGAGCAGCCUCAAGUGCGGGGAGCUGGAGAAGGAGAACCAGCAGCUCAGCAAGAAGAUUGAAAAGUUACAGACCCAGCUGGAGAGAGAGAAGCAGAGCAACCAGGAUUUGGAGACCCUCAGUGAGGAGCUGAUCAAAGAGAAAGAACAGCUACAGAGUGACAUGGAGACCCUGAAGGCGGACAGAGCCAGGCAGAUCAAAGAUCUUGAACAAGAAAAGGAUCAUCUCAACCAGACGGUGUGGUCGCUGCGGGAGAGGUCCCAGGUCAGCAGCGAGGCCCGCGUGAAAGACAUUGAGAAGGAGAACAAAGUCCUCCACCAGACGGUGACGGAGACCAGCAGCAAACUCAGCAAGCUGGAGUUCGAGAAGCAGCAGCUGCACAGGGACUUGGAGCAGGUGAAGGAGAAGGUGGAGCGGGCGGAGGAGCUGGAGAGGGAGCUGCGCCGGCUGGAGAAGGAGAAUGAGCAGCUGGCCAAGAAGGUGACAUCCCUGAAGACGGCCACCGAGAAGGUCGACGCCCUGGAACGCGAGAGCCGGGGCCUGGCGCUGGAGAACCGGAAGCUGCGGAAGUCCCUGGACACCCUGCAGAACGUGUCCGUGCAACUCGAGGGUCUGGAGCGGGACAACAAGCAGCUGGACGAGGAGAACCUGGAGCUGCGCAGGAUGGUCGAGACCAUGCGCUUCACCAGCACCAAGAUGGCUCAGAUUGAGAGGGAGAACCAGGAGCUGGAGCGGGAGAAGGAGGAGCUGAGGAAGAACGUGGAGCUGCUGAAGGCGCUGAGCAAGAAGUCCGAGCGCCUGGAGCUCAGCUACCAGAGCGUGAGCGCCGAGAACCUUCGGCUGCAGCAGAGCCUGGAGAGCAGCGGCCAGAAGGCGCAGGCCCUUGAGCGGGAGCUCGGGGAGCUGGAGGCGGAAAACCAGGUCCUGCAGCGGGACCUGGAGGCCCUCCGGCUCUCCAACAAGCAGCUGGAGAGGUCUGAGAAGGACAGGAAGGCCCUGGAGCAGGAGGUGGCCCAGCUGGAGAAAGACAAGAAGCUGCUGGAGAAGGAGACGAAGCGGCUGUGGCAGCAGGUGGAACUCAAGGACGCGGUCCUGGAUGACAGCACCGCGAAGCUGUCCGCCGCCGAGAAGGAGAGCCGCGCCCUGGACAAGGAGCUGGCCCGCUGCAGGGACGCGGCCAGCAAGCUGAAGGAGCUGGAGAAGGACAACAGGGACCUCACCAAGCAAGUCACCAUGCAUACGAGGACGCUGACGACCCUAAGAGAGGACCUGGUGCUGGAGAAGCUGAAGAGCCAGCAGCUGACCAGUGAGCUGGACAAACUGAGCCAGGAACUGGAGAAAGUCGGCCUCCACAAGGAGCUGCUGCUGCAGGAUGACAACAGCAACGGCGACACAAAAUACAAGAUUUUAGAGGGCAGAAAUGAAUCAGCUUUAAAAACAACACUAGCCCAGAAAGAAGAAAAGAUUGCGUUCUUAGAAGCUCAGGUGGAAGAGAAAGCCAACCUGAAUCACCAGUUACAGAAUGAGCUCCAAGUGGUGAAGAAGGAGUGUGAGAUGCUCAGACAGAACCAGGAAGAGGGGACGCACCUGCAGAACUCGUUCAAGCACCCUGUGGGGACGUUGGUCACUGGUCACCAAGGGAAGGAGCCCUGGGGGCCCAGCCACAAGGAAGCCACAAUGGAGCUGCUCCGAGUGAAGGACCGGGUCAUCGACCUGGAACGGAACAACGCGGCCCUGCAGGCUGAGAAGCAGCUGCUCAAGGACCAGCUGCAGCACUUGGAGACCCAGAACGUGGCCUUCAGCAGUCAGAUCCUGACCCUGCAGAAGCAGAGUGCCUUCCUGCAGGAGCACAACACGGCGCUGCAGACCCAGACGGCCAAGCUGCAGGUGGAGAAUUCCACCCUGAGCUCCCAGAGCGCCUCGCUCACUGCUCAGUACACGCUGCUCCAGAACCAGCAGACGGCGAAGGAGAGCGAGAACGAGACCCUGCAGAAGCAGCAGGAGCAGCUGUCAGCCGCCUACGAGGCCCUGCUUCAGGACCACGAGCACCUGGGCGCACUCCACGAGCGCCAGUCGGCCGAGUACGAGGCCCUCAUCCGCCAGCACAGCUGCCUGAAAACGCUGCAUCGGAACCUGGAGCUGGAGCACAAAGAGCUCUCGGAGAGGCACAGUGACAUGCUGAAACACAAGGCAGAGCUGGACGAGCUGGAGAAGGUUUUGCACACGGAGAGGGAGGCUCUGCAGCAAGAGCAGAGGACGAACGCCAUCGCCACGAGCGAGAACCAGAGGCUGCGAGGAGAGCUGGACAGGGUCAAUUUCCUGCACCACCAGCUGAAGGGGGAGUACGAGGAGCUGCAUGCCCACACCAAGGAGCUGAAAACCUCGCUGAACAACUCGCAGCUGGAGCUGAACCGCUGGCAGGCCCGGUUCGACGAGCUGAAGGAGCAGCACCAGAGCAUGGACAUCUCGCUGACCAAGCUGGACAACCACUGCGAGCUGCUCGCCCGUCUCAAGGGGAACUUGGAGGAAGAAAAUCAUCACCUCCUGAGCCAGAUCCAGCUGUUGAGCCAACAGAACCAGAUGCUUCUCGAGCAGAACAUGGAGAGCAAGGAGCAGUACCACGAGGAGCAGAAGCAGUACAUAGACAAAUUAAAUGCCUUACGGAGACAAAAGGAAAAACUGGAAGAAAAAAUCAUGGAUCAGUACAAGUUCUACGAUCCUGCUCCAAAGAAGAAAAACCACUGGAUUGGAGCCAAAGCCUUAGUCAAGCUUAUCAAACCAAAGAAAGAGGGUUCCAGAGAACGACUGAGGUCAACCACAGAUGGCCCUCCCUGGCCGUCGGAGUCCCCAGACCCGGCCUCACCGUCUGCUUCUCAGCCUCUCAGAUCGCAGUCAGAGAACCCCGAGACCACCCCAUCAGGCUCAAAUGGUGCAGAAGAGCGUGACCCCCACAACGGGCCCGUGGGGAAAGGCCCUGGGGACCCAAAACCAAAGCGAGGGUCCCCGCACGGUGGCAGCCUUGACCGCACGGAUGCGUCCGCUGACCUGACCCUGAAGCCCUGGCCCUUGGAGCUGGGCUCCCGGACCUGUUCAACCUCAGCUAUCACUACAACCCCUUCCAGCUCCACCCCCAUCUCCCGGCACCCAGGCCGUACCAAAGGCUACAACUCGGAUGACAGCCUCUGCGAGCCGUCCCUGGAGCUCGAGUUCACCAACCACAGGCAGUACGCGUCCCGGCCGGGGAGCUUGGAGAGCAGCAGAAAUGCGUCCAGUGACAGCUCCCCUCUUAACCUCAAAGGUUCCUCCGACCAGCUCCACGGCAGGUCCGAGAGCUUCAGCAGUGAAGACCUGAUCCCCAGCAGGGACACAGCUACUCAGCCACAGGAUGCCAGCGCCCCGGGACGCACUGCCCUCGGCCGCCAUGAGUACCCCCCACCCCGGAACGGGCCUCUCGCACAGGAGGGCAUCCAGAAGAGGGGCGUGGCCCAGCCGCAUGCCGGAGCACGGCCCUGCUCCGCCUCCCCGAGCAGCGAGAUGGUCACCCUGGAGGAGUUCCUAGAGGAGAGCAACCGGAGCUCCCCCACCCCCGACACUCCUGGUUGCCGGGAUGAGCUGCUAAGUGACUACUUCAGAAAGGCCACUGAGCUCCCGGCCAUCGGAGGCCAGUCAGGACCACCUACCAGGAAAGAAGGAGCCAAGAUGCCCACCAGCUUUGUGGCCCCCACCAUCAAGAUGGCCAUCAACGCCUCCGAGGGGAAGGUGCUGAAGCCUGGGCAGUGUGUGAAGUCAAACUUCAGAGCUGCUGAGGCCGAGGCCCCACCCAGUGCCCUCCCGAGGCAGGCCCAGCCUCCUCAGAGCCUGUCUCUGGGCAGACCCCGGCAGGCCACAAUGCCCCCGACUUCCCACACGCCUGCCAGCCGGAGCGCGUCCCUGAGCCGGGCCUUCAGCCUGGCCUCAGCUGACCUUCUCCGGGCCAGUGGGCCAGAGGCCUGCAAACAGGAGUCCCCUCAGAAGCCUGGGGGUCCUGAGGCUUCGGGGGGCAGAGAAACGGGCAGCCACACCCUGCAAAGCCCCACACCCCCCAGCUGCCACAGCCUGGCCCGGGAGCGGACCCCACUUGUGGGAAAGGCUGGUGGCUCCUGUCAGGGCCCAGGUCCCCGGAGCCGGCCACUGGACAUGAGACGCUUCUCACUGGCUCCCCCAAAGGAGGAGAGGCUGGCCCCCCUACAGCAGUCAGCCACGGUCCCUGCCCUUGCCGCUGGAGGUGGCGGUGGCUGCGGAAGCAAUUCCCAGCUGCAGCGCUUCUCAUCCGCUGCGGCCCCGGCCGCCAGGACUAAGACCCAGACUCCCCCAUACUCGGGGGAGGUGGCCGCCGUGGCCCCUGUCCGGGUGGGGCUCAGCCUCUCAGAGGGUGACAGGGUCCCAGGGCAGGGUCACGGUGAGGGGCUCCCUGCCAAGAGCCCGGGCAGGUCUCCCGAUGUGGCCCCCCACGCCAACCGGGGCCCUGAGGACUUCGGUCGUGGGAGCGGCUCAAAGAGCACACCGGCGUCCCCAGAGCCAGGUGGGGACCAGCAGACGGUGUGGUACGAGUACGGCUGCGUGUGACUGUCUCCUGGGCCAGCCCCUCCUGAAUCUUCAAACUCCUGAUGCGCCUCCUCAUUUUGGUGGCCUUUUCUCCUGUCUGCCUGUGGUGCCAGGAAAGGGUUUUAGGAUGAGCAAAGAGGUUCCCAUGCACCUCUCCUGUUUGUUUUGUUAACGAGAACACUGUGCCAAGCCUUAAGAGGAUUACACGCCCAGGUGUGGAACGUGUCUUCCGUAUCUGUAGCCUCCAGCGACUGAUAUCUUUUGAACAAAUCCACUUUGGCGUGGGGACAGUCAGAAUGCAGUGACAGAACUGAUGUACCCCAAAGCAGACACUAUUUGCGCGUGCCCCUAUAGAACACUUGUUGCAACUUGUUGACCUCCACUAAAGCCUGCGUGUGUGCACACGUGUGCAAGCACACACACACAGGGCUGACCCCUAGUGGGUCUGGAAACUCUACUCCCUCUCCCCAAAGCCAUUUGACCCUGGGAGAAGCCCAGACUGGCCAAACUACAGAGAUCUUGGGGGCCUUGGGUGGACCCCAGGGUCAGAUAGCUGUUAAAAACCAGAAAACCAGGAGCGUUGCUGUGCCGUUCCUGGGGUCCCAAGCACUUCCCUUCACCCCAGGGCCAGGGUGGCCUUCCAGGCAGGUGGCAGGUGGCCCCGGGCUUUUUCCUCCCCCGUGUGUGGCUCCUGGGCUCUGCACACUGGGCUCCAGGGCCACACGGGGACCUGCCUUCCCUGGUUCACUUCUGUGCAAACACUGGAUCUGCCGGGCCUGGGGGGAUGGGGCAGAGAGAAGCCCGUGCCCCCUCCCGGCAAGUGUACAUAGUGUACAGAGGGGAGGCGUGUGCGAGAGUGAGGUGCGGGCCUGAUUCUCAUGUGGCCGCUGCACCCCGACUUCUCCCAUCUCCGAUGAGAUGUUAUUAUUUCUGAAUAACUUCUUGCAGUAGAAACCAAAUUUCUUUUAAUAUAUUACACAUGUUAUGUCCACACUCGUGUGAAGUCUGCGUCCUUUGAGAGGGAUCUAUUUAUGUUCCGCCGGGACUCGUUCUCUGCCGUCAGGAACCGCACCUGCUGCUUUUGUGUUUGGUCACGUUCCUGACACUUGGUUUCCUGCUCUCUAGGAAAGGUGCUCUUCCUGGGAUGUACUAAACCUGGUGAUUUUGGUUUUUUAAGAUUUCUUCUCCUUUUGAUUUAAUAUACCGAGAAAGAAAUGGGAAUGUUAACAAGAUCAAUUUUAGCCGUGCUGUGAGCUGUGUAUUAAAUAGCCAUUCAUUCUGGAACACAAGGACGGGAUUGUAAUAAAGUGAAGUGGAGUCGAAGCGA